CAAGGUGAUUAAUAACUGAAUAGAGUGGAAAUGUUGUUGCUGUAAACCAUAGAAAGAAUGACAUGUAUGAAACCAUAUCUGUUCUUUUAUCUGCCAAAUUAGAUGACAUUGCACACAUUUUGUAACUCCUUUCACAAAUGCAACAGUUACUGAUUUCAAAACACACAAAUUUAAUACUCGGUGCGUUAUAGUGUAUGAGUAGAUUAUGCUACUAUAGGUACAAGAAACAUAUACAUAGAUUGAACCUUUCUCAUGUAUCUGACCACCUGUGUGGGGGCUAAUGGCCUAUAUACUGCUCGAUUAAAGGUAUGCUGCAUGGACAUGGUGAUGGUCAAAUAAGAGUCAGUUAUAAAAUGUGCUCCACUUGUAUACCACAGACAUUUUGAAAGGUUUCCGAAGGCCUUGGAUUCAGAGUAACUUCAAUUUUAAUUUCAGAAAUGUUAAAUGACAAAGGGUAACGUAAAUGUUUCAUUACUUGAGCAGAUACGAACCUGUGAAACUACUGAGGAGCUCAAAAGCACCUGAUAGACCUUGGCUACUGCAAACCCACAACAUCCCUGGACAUCUUGCAGUUGAAUGAAAUACUAAGAAGUCUCGUGAAGACCUAUAUUUAUUACAGGUAGGAACUUACAUAGUCUACACAAACAUGGUCAUGCCACCGGCGUCAAAAACUUGAUGUGAAACUUGUGCAAUUUGACAAGUGAUGGGUUCCCCUAACUGAGUUCAACACACGAGUACCACUCUCUGGUACUGAUGUUACAGAUUUUGUUAUGAUAGAUUUGUAUGUUUUAGGGUGCAUGCAUAGAUACAUCAAUUCACAUCGGGGCUCAAUGUACUGGGAUUAUGGGACGUAGUAAUGUCUGCACCCAAUACAUUUGAGCCUCUGUCUGUGGAGGCUGAUGGCCCACUCACCCUCAGGCAGCGGAAGUAUCUGUACAGGGUGGAGCUGUCACCAAGAGGCUCCAACCAAAGACUUGCAGAAAAUGAUACCAUCUUUGCAUGGGAAGACUUCCUUCGUGCUUGUGAUAGAGGAGAUUUGGAAAUAAGCAUAGUUGAUGUUCUACAGUUUUGGACAGGCAGUAGCAGGAUCCCGCCCAUGGGAUUUGACAAAAAACUCUCAAUCGAGUUUGUCCCUAAACGACAACCACCACCGUUACCGGUUGCCCACACCUGUGGCCUAGUCCUCGAACUAAUGCGUGGGUACGACCCUGAUGUUCUGGCAUCAAACAUGGUUUAUGCUAUCAAGCGCAGUGGGUUUUGUUUCCUUGCAUAGCACGCUUGUCCUAAACGGAUGCGGUCGGUCAGACACGUUCACUUGUUUCUUUCAUUAUACCCCCGCUACAAAGUAACGAAGUAAGAGAUAUGCUCAUCCAGGUUUAUGUCCCAAUGAUCCCUACCAACCAUAAGGGCAUAACUUGUCCUUCCCAUACAUGGGAUCCCAGGGACCCCAUGCAGAAGGCUCCAUCCCACCAAUAUUCCAGCUUGCAGAUAACUAGAAGCGUCAAGGGCGUUUACGUUGUGGCUAAAAGCCAUAUGU